UAAAUAAAGCAACUAUUUCUCCGGCGAGUUAGAGGGAGAGAGAGAAGAAGAGAAGAGAUUAAUGGAAGGUGUAGGAUCGAGAUUGAGCAGGACGUCAUCGAGAUACAGUGGUCCGGCGGCGACGGCGGUUUUUAGUGGCCGAGUAAGGAAGUGGAAGAAGAAGUGGGUACGUGUCUCAACCUCAUCGGUCGGUGUUUUCAGAGCAUCUAAAUCCAACGGUCGUAACAACAACAGCAGUAACAGUAACUCACCUCACCAUCUACUUCUCCAUAAGUGGACUCCGCUUACUUCGUCGGCGGUUACUGCCUCCGACGCUAAUGGUUCCGGUGAGGCGGAGGAGCCACCUAAGCGAAGAUUCAGAUACGCUCCAAUUGCGAUGCUUGAGCAUAGACAGAAACUGAUUUCUAAGGAAUCUGAAAUUGAAGAGACUGAAGAAUUCGACACUGAAUCGCCAUUGCCUAAAGCUGUUGAGCUUGACAUGAACAUAUCAGACUCAGACCAAACUAAGGAAGCAAAAACUGGUAACUUGAAUCUGGGACUGUGUCUGAAUUCUGAAGGGACUGAAGAAUGAAGAGGAUCAUAAUGUAUUAGCAUGAAGCAACAAUAAAGCUGUUAGCUUUUGGUAUUAUUGUAGUUUAUUUUGAUGUUUCAUAUUGUAACUUUGAUGUCUUCUAGAUCUGUAUGUAGUGUGUAAGUUAGAAGAAGCUUAUAAUAUAUGUAAGAUUUGAAGCUUUUACCAAGAAGAAUAGAGAGCUUGGCUCCA